CUGUGGUGAGGUUGGUUCUGUGGGGAGGUCCCAGGGAGAAUUACAACCUCUUCAUACCGAAUUUGCAAAUUGUCAUUCAAGUACCGACUUUAGGGUAACAGCCUACCGGUAGGCUACUUCAUUUACUACUGCAUACCGCCACCCUCUGGAUGGGUAACUUUUUGGACAACACAAGAAAAGAGUUGAUUUCCUUUUUGGAAAAAAGACUGACAUAUUUCCACUGGAAAGCCCUUGGAGGGAUGCUGUUCAUAACAACAUGGAAACAAGAUAUGUCUUAGUCAUUGUGCUUCUAAGUGUCUUCUGUUGUUGGACUUACAGCCAAGAACUAAAUCCCAGCGGCAGAAAUGUAUGCAAAACUGAAUCUGACAGGCUCCAAUGUUGUAGUGGCUGGGCACAACAAGGAGAUGAGUGCUUAAUACCAAUUUGUGAGGGUAACUUCACCUGCAAAGAAAAUGAAGUUUGUGUGCGACCCCACGAAUGCCGCUGUCGUCAUGGUUAUUUUGGAGCCACUUGUGAUAUGAAAUGUCCAUUUAAGUUCUGGGGGCCUGACUGCAAGGGUAAGUGUGAUUGCCAUCCCAACGGGAGGUGCGAUGAUGUCACUGGGGCCUGCACCUGUAACCCUAAUCGUUGGGGGCCAAACUGUGAGCGAGCCUGCGACUGCCAGCAGGGCCAAUGCAACCAGGAGACAGGCGCUUGUAUGUGCUACCCAGGCUAUUGGGGCCCUCAGUGCUCUAACAACUGUUACUGCAGAGUAAACUCUAUGUGUGAUGUGGGAACUGGUCAGUGCCACUGCCAUCCUGGCUGGUAUGGGAGGUACUGCGGUGCCAAGUGUGCCUGCAAUGGCUCUCCGUGUGACCAGCUCACCGGUCGCUGCAAGUGUCGAGAGCAUCUGUGGGGUACUCACUGCGAGCACAAGUGCCAGUGUCUCCAAGGACGCUGUAACCCGGCGGAUGGAUCGUGCACCUGCAAGCCAGGAUUCAGAGGGAAGUUCUGCAGGGAGACGUGUCCAGCUGGAUUCUACGGACAAAAUUGCAGAAACAGGUGUGGUCACUGCAAAGGCCAGCAGCCCUGCAAGGUGGCAGAGGGACAUUGCAUCGCAUGUGAAAGCGGUUGGAAUGGCACCAGGUGUGACCAGAUGUGUGCUCCUGGGUUCUUUGGUGAAAACUGCGAGGACGUUUGCUCAUCCUGUAAAGACGGACACUUCUGCAACCGCAUCGACGGAAAAUGCCCCCACUGCAACCCUGGUUGGAUGGGUGAUCGAUGUGAGGUCAAGUGUCCAAAUGGAACCUAUGGAGAGAACUGUGUCAAUGACUGCAACAGCUGCUUCAAUGGGAUGUGUCACUUCGCCACAGGAAAUUGUCUCUGUAAUCCUGGCUUCUCUGGUGCCUACUGUAAUGUGAGCUGUUCAGCGGGUCAGUAUGGGCUUAACUGUACCCAGACCUGUUCCUGCCAUGACAACAACUGCAACAUAGUGACUGGAGCAUGCAACCUACAGCCUAACCAGAGGAUGGGUGUGAUGGCAGCAGGGGUGCUGGUCACCUGUCUCCUGCUCCUCUCCUUGCUGUGUUGCUGCUGCGUCUGCAGACAGAAUGACCCUGAGAAAAGGUCCAAAAGAAGACUAUGUGGAGGGUUCACACGAAUCAGCUCUAAACUUCCUCAUAUCCCACUGAGACGGCAGAAGCUACCCAACGUUGUUGUGUCCCACCAUGACCCUGAGAAUACUUUCAACUGUAGUUUCAUUGAGUCCCCCUCUGCAGUGGAGCAACCCACCGCCUCCGGGUCAUCCAGAGCGUCCUUCUCUUCCGUAGAGACCACAGAGGACGGACAUGUCUAUGCUGUGCCUGACGAGAACAAAAAGAAAGGGGACAGAAUCAACACAACAGAGACUACAGUCCUAGCUGAUGAUGAUGUCUCUGAGGUAGACACAUUGCCGGAGGACAGGGAUAUGACUGAGCAGGCUUCAGUUAACACCAGUGAGCUGCCACUCCAGAAGUCAUCAGAGAGUGAGGGCUCCUGCAGUGGCACAGAGUCAGCCACCAGCACCCUCUGCCUCAGGGUCUCUGCCCCUCAGCCAGCACAGCAGUCCAGCAAGGAGCCAGAGAACAAUGGCGGGUCAAACAAUGUCAAAUAUAAUGGAAAGCCUAUAGCUGCUGAGAGGAUUAAACCACAGCCACCAGACCCCUCCACCAAGCCCAAGCUCUCAUGGAUCCAUGCAUCUCCUGGGCCAAAUCAGAAUCAGAUAAGUCAGGAAGAGACUGUGGCUGAGGAUAACAUUUGUUCCAGAAAGAAAGCCAGCAAGCAGCGAGCUCCCAACGCCCCAGAGUCUGCAGGUACAGAUGGGGCCAGCUCCCUAGGUGAGAAAAAGCCUAAUAAAAGCAGACCAGGUCUGUUGCAGAUAGAGCACAUCAAUGGGGCAGUGCAGAGUGUCCUGAGGAAAAUGGGCAAUUUCCGUGUUGACCGGAAAGCUGCAAUCCCCAAAGAGUCCCCAGAGAAGAGGCCCAGCUUAUCCCUAAACAGGGAGGUUAACCAACCGAACAUACACUCUGAGGUAGCCUCUCUCUUAACUGCUCAGCUGAAGGAGAAGACUCAGAGCCUGAACAGGAGCGAGGCCAGCAGCUGUGAAGAGAGCCUGUCUCACCUCCAGGCCCAGAGAAAGAAGCCCACCCCGCCCCAAAAGACCUCGGGCACCCAGCCUGGAGCUGGAAAGGAUUUGCUUCCCACAUCCGACAGCUCACAGAAGCCUCUGCCAGAUAGUCCAUCUAAAGAAGCCAAAUACCAAGAUAAACAAGACUCUAACAACUCUGAAAGCAGCUCAGAUAAGGGAGAACCCAAAAAUAAGACCCCAAUGAAAAAGCCUCCUCGGAAAAAGAGCAAGGAAGGUAAUGUAGACUCAAAAAUACAGACUACAGCUCCAAAGGUUGCAGUGAUGCCACCAAAGGCUUCAAAUUAGCACAGCCAGUCUGGAUGUUUCUCAAUUCUGGAAAAACAAUGACGCACAUGUUGUGAUGCUUGAAAUAAUUGAUUGGACACAUGUUUCAUUGUGUUUAGCACCAAAUCAAAUUAACGAUGGAAUCUUUUCCCUUGGGUGGAUGUUUUUGAUCUUGAGAAAUGUUAUUAUACAAUGCAGUAUUCUUUAUAUUUGAACUUUUUAUAUUCCUUCACUUUAGUUAUUGUCAAAUCAAUAUAUUAGUAAAAGUGCUAAGACAUCAGAAUAAUUAUUUACCCUCGUUAUUUUAUUCAUUUUCUAAUUUGUUCAUAUCGAAUAGACCAAACACCCCAAAAUCUGGAUUUUGCAUCUCCCAUAUCUAAUCAAUAUUUUGAAUUGGAAAGUCGAACCCACUGCCCAGAACUUUGGAGCCACGACAGGGCCUCAGACAAACAAGAGGUGUGGUGUAUUGAUGGUGGAACAGUCUGGGGUCUGUGUAGAGGGCCCUGUGGCUGUCUGACACAUGUGCUAGAGUUGUGUGUGUGCAGUUUGUUGGGGGAGAAUGAUAGACUUUGAGGCAGCUGUAAAGACUACAGAAGAUCAUAUGGUGUUUAAUUGAAUCCAGACUGUUGGCACCGGUCAUCCUGAAUCCAUGAUGUGACCUGCUUAGACAGGAACAUCUCUCCCUUUGCUAUCAGGAGUCACAGACAAAGCAAAGACACGUUUAGGAGCAGCAAGGUCCUGAAAAUAAGUUAUUAAACGUAAAUAAGUAACAUUGCAAGUAAGUAACAUAGUAAGAUUUGCAGAUCACUUGAAAUAAUACAGGAACAUGUCCUCACAGACCAGCUGCCUUGUUGUGAACAUUAGAUCAUAAUGAACGCAUUUAUAGAGGCUCCAAUGGUUGAGUGUACAAACAUGCUUUCAAGGCAUGACUGUGUGCAUAGCUGCACACAUAGGCGUCUAUACAUCAUUAUUUAAUUCUAGAAGUGUUACUGUGGAAAAGGGAUCGGGACUAGUGGUGGGAAGGGGACUAGAAUUACGUUUUGACUGCCUGUUUAAACAUCUCUGUGUAGCUUGGUCUGUAACUGACUGCCAGGCCUUGAGAAGCAACCGCCAACUCAAUCCUGUCCCAGAAUCCUCUUGGGAGACAGUGGUUAGCAUAGAGACACCCUAUGAAAGCAUUAACAUCUUGUAGCCAUUACAUCGAUGGAAAAACAUUCACGACUUAAGGAAAAAAAAGCAAAUAUUUUGCGCUAAGCAAAGCAGAAAACCUAGAGUGAUAACACCUAAACAUCAGUAUGACCUAAUUGGAAACCUUGGUCUCACAAAAACAUAAGUUGUUACCUAAAUAUGGUUUGAAUUUGUUGUCUUAAUAUAUUUUUGGAAUGCCAAGAUGGUACAGGAUCAUUCACUGAGAAUUGUAUUUUCUGAAAUUUUGUAUUAAAAAAAAAGACUUUGGA